AUGGCGGCAGGACAUUUGGGCGCAGGAGGCUUUCUGGAUCUGCUGGGAGGCUCAGAGUUCCUAGGCAGCCUGGGCCCUGCCGCUGCCGCACCCAGCCACAGGCAGCAGCACCCCUCGGCGGCCAGCGCGACGCGGCGCAGCCUGGAGGAGGCGCGUGCGGCGCAGCACGCGGCGCAGCACGCGGCGCAGCUCAGCGGCAUGGACGUGGCGAUGCUUGAGGAGCUGCUGCCGCUCAGCGAGCUGCACGACCCCUUCCUGGAGGCCGACUGGCCCCAGGAGCUGCCAGCCGCGGCAGCGCAGCCCGACGGCUGCGCAGCCGCACCCGCGCAGCAGCAGCAGCAGCAGCAGCAGAGGUUGAGCAGCGCCGUGCACCCCGCCGCCCCGCUCCUCUUCUCCGGCAUCCCCGCCUACGCUGAGCCAGACAUCCCCGCGGCGGCGGCGGCCCGGAUGAACAACUCUGCCGGCCUGAGCAUGGGGUAUGGCCUGGGAGAGGGGCUCGCGGCGCUGCCUGGCUCGCCGCACCCGUCGUCAGGCCUGCCGAUGCACCCGCAGGGCCUCGCCAGCAUGGCCGCCGCCGCGUUCUGUACGCAGCCCGCGUUUGCGGCGCCGCCGGCGGCACAGGGAGUUGGCGGCGGCCUGCCGCCCGCCAUUGCUGCCGCGCAGCAGCGGGCCGCGGCCAAGAUGCAGGUGGGCAAUGGCAGCAGCGGCGGCAACAGCCACAUCAGCAACAGCAGCAGCGGGGCCGACCCGGCGGCUGCGGCUGCGCCGCCGCCGCUGGGAGCGCCGCCGCGCCAGUGCGCGCAGCCUCCAUCCGACGACAGCUCCGGCGAGCAGCUGGAAGACGAGCACCUGGAGGAUGCGUCAGGCACGCCCAGCCACUCGGCAGCAGCAGCGGCUUCAGCAGACCCAGCCUUGGCCGGCGCGUCGGCCACUGCCGCCGCCGCGGGCGCCUCCUCUGGCGUGCCCUUCAGCGCCGGCGAGGGCGGCAAGCAGCCCGCCAAGCGCGGCGGGCGGCCGCGCGAGAAGAAGAGCUACGACGCCCUCAUCGACCCCAGCCUGCCCAUCGAGGAGAUCCGGCGCCUGCGGCGCACUCUGAGCAACCGCGAGUCGGCGCGGCGGUCGCGGCGGCGGCGCCAGACCCAGGUGUCGUCGCUAGAGACGGAGCUGGAGGCUCUCAAGACGGACAAUGAGCGGCUCGAGUUUGAGCUGAGCCAGACCUCCUCUGCUGCCCACCAGCUGGCGGCCGAGAAGGCGGCGCUGCUGGCGGAGGUGGAGCGCCUGCGGGUGCAGCUGGCGCAGGUCUCGACCUGUGGCGCCCCGCCGCUUGCGCAGCACAUGCCGGCUUCCGCCCCCAUGCCUGUCGCGGCUCAGCAGCCCACGCCUGUGUCCCUGCACAUGGCGGCGCCAGCCCCCAGCCCCGUCACGCUGCAGCCUGCGAUGCAGCAGGCGAUGCAUCGCGCCUCGGCGGCGCAUGCUGCCGGCCUGCCGCCAGCCAUUGAGCAGGCGCAGCGGCUGGCACACAAGCUGCUGUAG